CUGAUUGCCAUGAUGAAACAGAAAACGACAUUGUCAUUCUUCAAAACCAUCACCACGCAUCGUGUUUCAAGACUAUAUAUACCUGAUGCCUUGUACAGCAAAUAGGUUCACAAGAGAGUAAGUCACAGGAUGUUAUCUGACUGAUGCAAUGUCGAGCGCUGGUCCAGGAUGUCUCGGUUCAAGCCUUAUUAAAACUGAAACCAAAAUUCACCAAUUGCUACAUCAUGCAUUGUUACAAUCAGCUACUCUCUGAUUUGGGCGGCCGUUUCUGCUAUAUAACAAUAUAGAUGGAGCUGGAGAAGCUACCCUGCAUCGUCAUACAUCCCAAGGCAUCAGUUUUGCCAUGGUCGCGUUGGCUGGCAUCCCGAUGGAUGCCGCUGCUGUCAUGUCAACGGUGCUGGAAGGCAUUUUAUACGGAUUUUCAGUGCUCAUGUGUCUGGGUACCAUCUGGACAUUCACCUAUAAACGACACAUUCAGGACGUCAAUCGGCCAAUCGCUGUGGUUGCCACCCUGCUGUUCGUGCUGAGCACUGCGCAUAUAGUCGUAGAUAUUAUUCAUCUCGAACAUGGACUGGUGAAAUAUCGCGACACGUUCCCUGGCGGACCAGUGGCGUUCUUCGCAGACGUCACUCAAGUUACAUUUGUAAUCAAGAAUGCGAUAUAUACCUUGCAAACUCUACUUGGCGACGGGGUGGUGAUUUAUCGAUGUUAUGUCGUUUGGCAAUCUGCAUGGAUCAUUGUCAUACCGUGCAUGAUGUGGUGUGGCGUCGCAGCAUCUGGCGUUUGUUCGGUCUACUACUUUUCUCAAGCGUCGAUGGCCGAAAUUGAAAAUUUCUUUGCUGCCAAGAUUGGUCAUUGGGUCGCCGCUUUCCUUGCCUCCACACUUGCAACUAAUAUGUUGAGUACCGGGUUACUGGCAUAUCGCAUCUGGACGAUCGAACGCAAGGUUUCUGCAGUCUGCACUACGAAGCGGAAAGUACCUAUAUUGCGCGUGCUUAUAGAUGCUGCAGUUUUAUACUCUGCGGCACUUGGCUCCUCAAUAAUAUGUUUUGGCCUCUGGAACGACGGACUCUAUGUGAUGGGAGACCUGAUUGUUCCGAUCGUCUCGAUUGCCUUUUAUAUGGUAUUUAUUCGCGUCGCGACCAGUCAAAGCAAUCAACAUUACCCCUCGACUGCCCAUAGAGAAACCACUGAGACAGAACGAAGAAAACUGCAGCAACAUCCUUUGCAGCCGUUGAUACAAAGGCCGAAUGAUUCCGGAUUUUCCUUGGGUGAUAGCUCGAAAGUAGAGACACAUCCAUUAACAUAAUCAUCUAGCCACGUAUAAUUUUAUACAGAUACCCUCCCACUUAUAAUUAUAUGACAACUUAAUUCAAGCAGUGGUUACCUCAGAGAGCGAGGACACGAGGAUCUGAUGAUGUACUUCAUCUUGCGCUGUGGUUCGAAAUAUCAGAUACCUGCAACUGAUCUCUGUUUCCUUGAUUCCAAUUUAUAUCCUGUUGAAAGAUGCUACAUGGAAU